AGUUCAAAAAGUACAGUUCAAAAAAGACAAGGCUUUAUCGCUCCCUAAUGCACUAUAAAUUUUACAUCACGUGAUAUUACGUGAUUUAAUACGUAGCAAAUACAAUUCUCUAUUGUAUAAAAUGUCAACCGAAAAUAUAGUUAAUAUAGCCCAAAGAGCACGUAUUGCUGCCAAUAAACUUCAAUAUGUGACUACUCAAGAUAAGAGUGUUGCACUUAAUAAAAUUAUAAGUGUUCUUGCUGAUAAGAAACAAGAAAUCUUCAAGGCGAAUAGAACUGAUAAAGAGAAUGCUGAGAUAUUGGUAAAUGCUGGGACAUUAUCUGCUUCAUUGUUUAAGCGAUUGGACCUUGAAAAGGGAGAUAAAUUUGACACCAUGCUUAAAGGAGUAUCUGACAUCGAUCAAUUACCAGAUCCUACUGGUCAAAUUACUUAUUCAUGUAAACUUGAUGAAGGUUUAGAACUUUAUCGUGUUACCUGUCCUGUUGGGGUUUUGUUAGUGAUUUUUGAAGCAAGGCCUGAGGUGGUUGUCAAUAUUUCCUCGUUAGCUAUAAAAUCUGGCAAUGCUGUAAUUUUGAAAGGAGGAAAAGAAUCUAUCCUUUCUUUGGCAGCACUAUCGACGGCUAUUCAAUCUGCUUUAGCUGAUACUGUGAUUCCACCAGAUGCUAUCCAACUUGUUGAAACUCGUGAAGAAAUCAAAGCUUUAUUAGAAUUGGAUAAAUAUAUUGAUCUAGUUGUUCCACGUGGAAGUAAUAGUUUGGUGAAAUAUAUUCAGAGUAAUACAAGGAUACCCGUUUUGGGACAUGCCGAUGGUUUAUGCUCAGUGUAUGUUGACAAAGACGCUGAUAUCGAUAAAGCUGUUCGAGUUGUUGUUGAUUCAAAAAUCAAUUAUCCUGCAGCAUGUAAUGCAGCCGAGACACUUCUCGUAAAUCGCUCGAUUCUAUCAACACAUCUUAUACCUAUUACUACUGCAUUACAAAAAGCAAACGUUAAAUUACAUCUUGACUCUGAAUCUCUUUCUCAUCUUCCUUCUAUAGACAGUUCGUUAAUCAAAGAAUGUGUGGCAGAAGAUUUCGAUACCGAAUUUUUGGAUUUAGAAAUUGCAGUUAAAGUUGUUGGUGACGUGGAAGAAGCAAUUCAACAUAUAAAUUCACAUGGUAGCAAACACACAGAUGCUAUUGUCACGGAAAACGAACAAGUCGCAAAGAGAUUCAUGCAGGGUGUUGAUGCUGCAGGAGUAUAUUGGAAUGCGAGCACCAGAUUUGCUGAUGGCUUUCGAUAUGGAUUUGGAGCUGAAGUUGGAGUGAGUACUAAUAAAACUCACGCACGAGGUCCGGUAGGUCUCGAAGGGUUAGUUAUAUAUAAGUAUAAACUUUAUGGUAAUGGACAUAUCGUUGAAGAAUUUGGUGAAGGUUCUGGAAAAAAGAAAUACUUACAUGAAAAAAUUGAUGUAACUGAAAAGAUUGUAUAAUAAUGUUUUGUGAGUAUUAAAUUGAUUAGAUAUUUUAGUUAAAUAAUGACCAUCAUCACGGAAGUUAUAUUAGCGAUCACGAGGGUUAAUUGCAUGUUAACCGAAUUAGUGAAUGGAUUUAAAAACUGCAACACAAAUUGACUUUAUUUAUUUUGAAUUGUAAUGAUUUUGAAUUGUAAUGUUAUUCAAAUAAUUGAUUUGCUCUGCA